AUGGCGGAUUUACGACUGUGUCGUCAUAACAACGGGCCGAUCCGAGACGAGCGUGAGAACAAGCUGAGACGAGAGCGGGGCGGACCGGUGUGCGGGGCCAAUGAGAUCGCCCGGGGCGACAAGGGCAGCGAGGCGGGCGGCUCUAUGGCGGAUGCCGGCGUUGAUGACGGGUGCUGCGUGCGGCUGAACGCCGAACGAGCCCAGGCACUGCUAGCCGAUGUGGACACGCUGCUCUUCGACUGCGACGGCGUUCUGUGGCGCGGUGAGGCGGCGGUGCCCGGCGCUCCUGAGGCCCUUAUGGCGCUGCGGGCCCGCGGCAAGCGCCUGGGCUUCAUCACCAACAACAGCAGCAAGACUCGUGCCGCCUAUGCCGACAAGCUGCGGCGCCUGGGCUUCGGCGGCCCGGAAGGGCCCGGCGCGGGGCAUGAGGUCUUCGGCACGGCCUACUGCACUGCGCUCUACCUGCGCCAGCGCCUGGCUGGUGCGCCCGCGCCCAAGGCCUAUGUGCUGGGCAGCCCAGCACUGGCGGCCGAACUGGAGGCCGUGGGCAUCGCCAGCGUAGGCGUGGGGCCCGAGUCACUGCACGGCGACAGCCCGGGCGAUUGGCUGGCCGUGCCGCUGGAGCCGGACGUGCGCGCCGUGGUAGUGGGCUUCGACCCGCACUUCAGCUACAUGAAGCUGAUCCGGGCCCUGCGUUAUCUGCAGCAGCCCGGCUGCCUGCUCGUGGGCACCAACAUGGACAACCGGCUACCUCUAGAGAACGGCCGCUUCAUCGCGGGUACCGGCUGCCUGGUCCGCGCCGUGGAGAUGGCUGCCCAGCGCCAAGCGGACAUCAUUGGGAAGCCCAGCCGCUUUAUCUUCGACUGCGUAUCCCAGGAAUAUGGCAUCAACCCCGAGCGCACCGUCAUGGUGGGGGACCGACUUGACACAGAUAUCCUCUUGGGCGUCACCUGCGGCCUGAAGACCAUCCUGACCCUCACUGGGGUCUCCACACUGGAGGACGUCAAAGCUAACCAGGACAGUGACUGCGUGUCUAAUAAGAAGAUGGUCCCUGACUUCUAUGUUGACAGUAUAGCCGACCUGCUGCCUGCCCUCCAAAGUUAA